UUUUUGGAUCAAUGCAUGAAUUUACAGGAUCAGCUCCUCUCCAUUUGCAGUACCAAAUGGAAUGGGCCAGUUAAAUCUGAGGGAGGAGUUCUCUCUCCUUUACCGAACCAGAUUCAACAAUGGGCCUUUCCCUUUGCCUGGCAAAUGAAGAUGAGCCUUGUCGAACUUGACAAGAUUAUGGAGGACAUGGACAUCGAUGAUGUGGUUAUACCUGACACGCCACCUACCAGACAUGGUGUUUGCAGGGAAUCUGUUGGUAAAGCCUGUAGUUCACCAUUAGCUCACAAGUUGAAUAAUUCAGACUUUGUUGAUGAGAAUUCUGGGAAUGGGCCAAGGGUCAAGGAGAGAUUCAUCUAUGAAAAUGGUCAAAAUAAAAGAAUUGUUAUUCGCCCUCCGAGAAAUCCUAGCAAUCUUGCAACUAAGAAUGGCUCCUCAGGAGCCAAUUCAUCUUCUUCCCAGAAUGCUCACCUCUUUAGAAGACCAGCAGUAGGCAGAAACUCUAGUUGCGAUACCAAACAUUCUUCUGGGACCGAAAACUUGGAUAAAGGAAAGUCUAUAGGCAUUAAAGCAUCGUCUAAAUCUUCUGCUUUCCCAGAAAACAUGGAAGUUCUUGAUUUGACCGAACAGAAUGGUCACUCCCAGUUACACAGAAAGGUUUUCCCACAUGGAAAAUUAGAAGAUGUUGCUCAAGGCACAAAAAACCGGCAGAUAAUGUCAGUUGGCAGUUCUACAGAUUGCUCUGCAAAUUACUUGGAGAGAUCCAGAAAUGCCGACAAGGCUAAGGAAAAAAUAGAUGACAGUACAUAUAAUGGUGUGGGUUUAGCUGUGCCCCUGGGAAAAAGGAUUGAUCUGCCUACUGAGCCUCAACAUAAAACAGAGCAUCAAAAGCCCAUGGCUCUUCAUUCUUUUACCCUGCCAAGAGUCAGUGGCCAGAAAAGGUUGGUAAGGAAUGGUUGUAUUUCCCCACAUAACAUAGCAACAAGGUCUAAACAAUUAGAUGUAGAGAAUAAUACAAGUUCCAAGAAUAUUGAACACAGUCAUGCUGUCGACGCGGUUUCCAGUGGUUCACCAUAUGUCAUAGGUACAAGUGAUGUGGUCACUGAAGAGAAUAAAAGGGAAAGAGCGAAAGGGAAAGGGGUAAUGGUUCAACCUUCUACACCAAAGGAGAAUAAUGAAAGAAUUGUUCAUACAUCAAGCAGUCUUCUGAAUGAUAAUAUUGAAGCUAAUAGAACCAGACAUGUUGGCAAAGAUAUAUCUGGAUGCUCUGAACGAAUAGGUGGCUGGAGAAGUACGCGUAAUCGUUCAAGGACAUUAGAUCCUCUUUUGUCUGAUUCAACUGAGCAUCUUCCCAGAAUAAUUAACGGUGCCGGAAACUUUGUAAAUCAACAUGGAAACAGAGUAGAGAGGGAGGAUACUGGGAGGGAAGUAAACUUUGUAAACUUUGCAGACGAUCUGAAUUCAACUCAAACAGCUUCAACAGUUGUAUCUGAGCCAGGCUGGAUGGCUGGACAACGUCGUGAAGGAAGGAGAGUUAGUAAAAGGGAGAAGAAACGGGGAUUGAAUAUGGGAAAUCAUGGUGAAUGCUCUACGUUGGAUAAUGGUGACUCAGACAUUAUGUUUCUCGGUUCAUCUGAGACAUCUGAAAGUUCAAAAUCAUCCAGGAUUCACAGACCUCAGUUUCAGGGAAUGUUGAGGCCAGUUAUUGAAGUUGAUGAGUUGUCACCUGCCGCAGGUCCCUCUGACCCCCAAGGUAUCAAUUCCAUGAAUGAUGAUUCAGAGGCUAAGGCAAGGCAACUAGAAGCCGAUGAGAUGUUGGCACGUGAACUGCAGGAACAGUUGUAUCAUGAGGUUCCUGCUUUUGGUGUUGGCGAGCAGAUUGAUGAACAUCUAGCUUGGGCACUGCAGCGGGAGGAGAAUGCUUUUACUAGGUCAUCUAGUGGAAGGCACAGUAUGCCUCAUAGUAGAGGCUCCACAAUAUUGCAUUCUCAUAGACAGCCCCAGUCACAGUCGUCUCAAAAUCCUUCAACGAGGAGAGGAGCCCCGGCUCGAGUUCCCAGCCAUUCUACAAUGGCACAGUUACGGAGUCGGCUUCGCAACCAGGCUCCUAGAGUAUCAAAUAGAAGAAGGAAUCUGCGAGUUCCUUUUCCUUCGGACAUGGAUCUAGACAUGAGACUUAAUAUACUUGAAGCUUUAGAGACUGCUGUUGGGGAUGUUGGAGAUGUGGGAUUGAAUAAUCACAUGUUUCGACUUCAGCGGGAUUUCAAUGCUGAUGAUUAUGAGAUGUUAUUGGCACUUGAUGAGAACAAUCAUCAACUUGGCGGUGCAACAGCUAAUCAAAUUAAUAAUUUGCCUCAAUCUACAGUACAGACUGAUGCCUCUGAAGAAGCUUGUGCAAUCUGUCUUGAAACUCCAACACUUGGAGAAACAGUUCGUCAUCUUCCUUGCUUGCACAGAUUUCACAAAGAUUGUAUCGAUCCAUGGCUCAACAGAAAAACUUCGUGCCCAGUUUGCAAGUGUUCGAUCAGUUAGCUUGUGCUGUGAUUCAGUGCUCAUGCCAUCUUGUGAUAACAGAAUAUCUUACUACUGCACGCAGUAGUCUUUUGAGAUGAGAGCUCAAACACUAGCAAAGCUAUACUAACGAGGAUGGUAGACCUCAACAUCUGGGCUUCGCUGUGUUAUAUAGGAACACACCUGAUAGGUGUGGGAGUGGGUAAGUUAGAGUCAACUUUUGGUUGUUUUUGUUUUUGUUUUUUUGGCUUUCUUUUGUGGGUUGACAUUUUUUAAUAGGGGUCACCACUGUCAAAAGUUUCACUUAUGGUUGGCAAUGGUGUUCUCAUUAGUAAUAAUAUAGGUCAUAUAUGACAUAGAAGAGUUUGCCCAAUUCCUUGAAAUACACACGUCAAAACAUUUGAUAGAAGCACCCAGCAAUGCAUCAUGUAUUUUGACAUUUUGUUGACAGGAUCACAUAUUAGGGCUUGCAGUCAUUAUAAUCUGAUCUGUUUUGUAAUUGAAUUGUUGCCAUUCACUUUUGCCCCAAUUAAGUUAAAUCUCUAGCUUCAUUAUACGACCCAGGAGUUUACAAAUUGUGAUGCAAGGCUAUAAAUUCCACGUGAGAUAAUGAGAUAUUACUCUUUCAAGACCGUUUUGUCUAAUCAAGUACCUUGACAUGUAUUGAAGAUCCAUGAGGAGUGUGCUCUGCACUAUGUUAAAAUGACAUAUUCAAGUAGCACCUGAUUUUUAUCUUCCAACUUUGUUGUGUUCCUCAGCAAGCCAUCUAGCUUUUCAGUUCUAACCUU